CGGCGGUGGCGGGGCUCCGGGAGCGCCGCGCCGGCUGAGGCGAGCGGGGCGGCGGUCGCGCGUCCGCCCGGGGGCCGGCGGUGCCGUGUAAUGUUCAAGCCCAGAGAUGCCUUAUGCAGAUCGUCAGAAUCGCAUCUGUGGUUUUCUCGACAUUGAAGAAAAUGAAAACAGUGGGAAAUUUCUUCGAAGGUACUUCAUACUGGAUACCAGAGAAGAUAGUUUUGUAUGGUACAUGGAUAAUCCACAGAACCUACCUUCUGGAUCAUCAUGUGUUGGAGCCAUUAAACUUACCUACAUUUCAAAGGUUAGCGAUGCAACUAAGCUAAGGCCAAAGGCUGAGUUCUGUUUUGUUAUGAAUGCAGGAAUGAGGAAAUACUUCCUACAAGCCAAUGAUCAGCAGGAUCUAGUAGAAUGGGUAAAUGUGUUGAACAAAGCUAUAAAGAUUACAGUACCCAAGCAGUCAGACUCACAGCCUGGUUCUGAUAACUCAAGUCGCCAAGGUGAAUGUGGGAAGAAGCAAGUGUCUUACAGAACAGAUAUUGUUGGUGGUGUUCCCAUCAUUACUCCAACUCAGAAAGAAGAAGUAAACGAAUGUGGUGAAAGUGUUGAGAGAAAUAAUUUGAAACGGUCACAAAGCCAUCUUCCUUACUUUACUCCUAAGCCACCUCCAGAUAGUGCAGUUAUCAAAGCUGGAUAUUGUGUAAAACAAGGAGCAGUGAUGAAAAACUGGAAGAGAAGAUAUUUUCAGUUGGAUGAAAACACAAUAGGCUACUUCAAAUCUGAACUGGAAAAGGAACCUCUCCGUGUAAUACCACUUAAAGAGGUUCAUAAAGUCCAGGAAUGUAAGCAAAGUGACAUAAUGAUGAGGGACAACCUCUUUGAAAUUGUAACAACAUCAAGAACUUUCUAUGUACAGGCCGACAGCCCCGAGGAGAUGCACAGCUGGAUUAAGGCAGUCUCUGGCGCCAUUGUGGCCCAGCGGGGGCCCGGCAGAUCGGCAGCUGCUGAGCAUCCCGCCUGUGCUUCAGAAGCCAAGCACGCGCUCCGCCCUGCCGGGGCAGCCGCCGCCACCUCACAUUCCACAGCCUCUCGCAGCAACUCUCUGGUCUCAAGCUUUGCCAUGGAGAAGCGAGGAUUUUACGAAUCUCUUGCCAAGGUCAAGUCAGGGAACUUCAAGGUCCAGACUGUCUCUUCAAGAGAACCAGCUUCCAAAGUAACUGAGCGGGCCCUGCUAAAACCUCAAAGUAAAAACAGCCCUCAGGAGAGAGAUUGUGACCCAGUGGACCUGGAGGACGCGAGCCUCCCGGUCAGUGAUGUGUGAGGCGCGAGCACUGGAGCCGGCCCGCCUCCUCCACCCCUCAGCUUCCUUCCCUGAGGCGUCUAGCCAAAGAUGACAGAGGGUGCAUGUGUUACACUGCCUCUGCGGUGUGCUCUAUAAGCUGGUGAACCAAGAAUCUAGCGAGUGGCCAAAUGAAACAAUUUCUUUGACAAAGAAAGAAAACCUAUGUGUUCCAGUAUCAGCUAUCUGAAGCUUUGUAUGUUCUCAUGUGGUUGGUAAAAACGUGUUUGUGAUAGUCUUGUUUUCAUAGUGAUCUUGAAUUUAAUGUUUAACGACUUAAAACGUUAAAAAUGCUUAUUAAUUUUAUUUGAGUCAUUUUAAAAAAUGCUACUAUGACUUCCCAUUAAAGGUCAAUAUUUGCAAAUUCUUAUUGGUUAAUGCUGUCAACUGACGAUGCCCGGAUCAUGACGCUGUGGUGCUGAUUCGUUCUGCAGUGUCGGCUGUUUUGAAAUUACAACCGUUUUGAUGCCGUGGGUCUCAGGUGAUUGGUGAGUUUUGUGUAGAGGAAUUUAUCAGACCGUUGGUGAAGGUUAUGAGUGACACGGGGUUAGAAAAAGAGGGAACACUAGAAUUCAAGCAACUAUAGCGUGGACGUUUGUUUGAAAAAGCUUUGUCAGCUUGGCGGCAGCCAGUGCUUUUUUUCAGUGAAAAUUAUUUGGUAGAAAAUUUGGGGGAGAUCUGAUUUUCUUAUCAAAGUUCUGUAAAUAGUUCUUAUUUCUAUAUUUGGAUCAGUAAAAGACCUCAAGUUUCUACGUAAAGACAUGACUGCCCUUAGUCAGGAAUUAUUGUGGCCUCUACUUUUUGUCUCUGAUAACCUAUAUUCAAGUGCCUGUGUUUUUUCAACUUGUUUAGGAAUGUUUUGAGAUUAAUAUGCUUAAUAGUCCUACAUAAUUGAUUCUACACAUUGCGGUAAAGUUAAUUUCCAUUAGUAUAGUUUAAUGUGUUAAAUAAGGUUGCAUUUUAUGUUAGAGAUACCAGAAAGCUGGUAUUUUACUACCUGUGCAAUAUGUAUGUUGUAAAAAGCAAAUUUGAGUAUACAUUUAGUCAUGAGGAUAUCAUAAAUCUAAGCACCUCUCCUAAAAAUCCCUAGUUUCAGGUGUUGAAUUGUAGACCAGUUUGAGCAAAUACUGUGUUUGGUUCAGUCAAACAUUUGCUUUAAGAAAACAGUCUUGAAUUACACAUGCUGCUAUUUUUAUAUUUUUGCCUUUUGACUGUACUGUUUUGUCUUGAAUUCAUACAUAUCAGUUUCUCCUUUUCAUUUUCUAAGAUGACUUGUCACAGAGAGAGAGAGGUUUCCUCUUGCAUUAGUGGGGUUCAGAGAUUAAGAUAUAUUGUACUAGAAGUGCAUGGUUUCAGUUUAAUAAUCCAAAUGCGUAAGAAGGCACCACUCAACUUUUUUAUUCAUAAGCUAAUAUUUUUAAAGUUAUAUUUUGAUUUUUUCUCUUAUGUGGCUACAUUUGAAAAUGAUAGAAUGAACAGAUUUUAAGUAGUCACCACUUUUCUGUUGAUACGUACAUUAUAUUGGCUUCUUUGAAAGCUCCUUUUUCAUGAACACACGGAAGAAACUUUGCAGACACUGUACUAUUCAAGGCCUGAUACUGUUCUCUUUGGUACAGCUUCCACACUGCAUGUUCAUUUUAGCAUAUUUUGGUAUUGGUAAUUUGAUAUAUUUCAUGGUAGCAAAAUAUGAACUCUAUUUUGGGCCUUUUUAUAAAAAUACCUGUAUGCAAUAGAAUAGAAAGUGUUCUUGUGAUUGUCAGGGUCUCCUAAUAUUUAUCUCAAUUCUUUUAUAAGUCUAUGAAAAUUAUUUAAUUAUUUUAAAACUUACACUUUUCUUGUAAAUAUUUCACAUCUGAAAUGUCAAAAAAAAUCACUUUGAAUACUUUAAUAUUUGCUGCAGUUUUUUUCUGUGUAUAUAACAUGUCUCCUUCCAGAAUGGGGGGUGUGCCUCCCCGUGGUUAACGUUGCGUCUGUCAUCUUUAUGUUAAACUGUUCAACACUGUAAUGACUUGAGAAUAAACUGC